GAUUGGAAUAGUAAACUGUGUUGUAAGUGAGUGUUAGUGUGAGUGGAAUGAAUGGCAUGAUAUGGUGAUGUAAAAGGAAAGGAUAUUCUAUUGUAUUAUAUUCUGUCUUACAUUAACUACAGGUACAGAAAAUCGAAUCGGAAGGCGAAGGGGCAUGUCGUCAUCGUUUUCAAGGUCGGGCAUGGGGUUUGAAUUCCUCACGAAGAAGGCGUACACUCCGCCAUCGUGGGCGUCGCAUCUCCACCCUUUACCUUCCCACGUCUUCUCUCUUGGCCAUCUUCCCACUCCAAUUCACAGAUGGGAGCUUCCCAAUCUGCCCACCAAUACGGAGCUCUGGAUCAAGCGAGACGACCUUUCCGGAAUGCAGCUCAGUGGAAACAAAGUGAGGAAAUUGGAGUUCCUAAUGGCGGAUGCCGUUGCUCAAGGUGCCGACUCUAUCAUCACAAUCGGAGGCAUCCAGAGCAACCAUUGUCGCGCCACUGCUGUCGCCGCUAAGUAUUUAAAACUUGAUUGUUUUCUCAUCCUCCGCACCUCCAACCUCCUUGUUGACCGAGAUCCGGGACUCACCGGCAAUCUUCUCGUUGAGCGUCUUGCUGGAGCUCACAUUCACCUUAUAUCCAAAGAAGAGUAUUCAAAAAUUGGAAGCGUGACACUCACCAAUGUCCUAAAAGAAAAGUUGAUAAAGGAAGGAAGGAGGCCAUAUGUUAUACCCGUUGGGGGAUCAAACUCUUUAGGAACAUGGGGGUAUAUAGAGGCUGUUCGAGAAAUCGAGCAACAAAUUCAGAGGGGGGCUGACAAUACCAAGUUUGAUGAUAUCGUUGUUGCUUGUGGCAGUGGGGGCACAAUUGCUGGUCUGUCGCUUGGAUCAUCGUUGAGUACAUUGAAAGCAAAUGUACAUGCGUUCUCUGUUUGUGAUGACCCUGAUUACUUCCACAACUUUGCUCAAGGUUUGCUUGAUGGACUCGAUGCUGGUGUUAACUCGAGAGAUAUUGUCCACAUUCAAAACGCCAAGGGUCUUGGCUAUGCAAUGAAUACAUCUGAGGAGCUUAAUUUUGUAAAAGAUGUUGCUGCGGCUACUGGUGUUAUUCUUGACCCAGUAUACAGCGGGAAGGCUGCUUAUGCAAUGGUGAAAGAUAUGUUGGAAAAUCCAAAGAAGUGGGAAGGGAGAAAGAUCCUCUUCGUACAUACUGGUGGCCUCCUAGGAUUGUAUGACAAGGUUGAUCAGUUGGCUUCUAUUGUGGGGAAUUGGCAGCGAAUGGAUGUUAAUGAAUCUGUUCCUAGGCAGGACGGCAUCGGAAAGAUGUUCUAGAAAACCCUGACAGCAUAUAUAUUUUGUAGUGUCUUUGCCUUCGUAAGUUGUAUACUUGUUUUUAAUAGUCAUGCACAUAAUUUAUCCUGCUUGAACUUACGACAUGAUAAUAAACUUCUGCGAACAGAAGUGGCAACAAAUCAAGCUUGUUGUGAUUAAUUCUUGUUUUA